AUGUCUUCGGACGCUUCGUCCAGUAUCGUCUCUGCUGCGCAAACAUCAGCGCCGGCAACGCCAUUACAUUUCGAUGUUAUUUUCAAGGUCGAGUAUGUCGGUAAGCCCAACACCACGCUCAAAUCCGGGGUCCAGCGUCGAAAGCAGUUUACCUGCAGGCAAUGUAAUUCGUGGAGUACACCUCACCGAACGAAUGCUGUCAAGCACGUUCUCUCUGUCCAUCCGCUGUCCAGGUCUUCUCAAUCAUCAGUGUCCGCGCCGAUAGCACAGCGAGAUAUCUCGUCCAUGUUUGUGCCGAUAACUUCUCAGAAUGGCCUCCGCAAUAGCUUCAAUCAGCAAGCCUAUCGGGAGGCCAUCAUUGGCCUGCUUACUCGACGUCGGAUGCCUUUCUCGGCCGUUGAAUGGAGCGAAAUGAAGGAUAUGGCCCUGGCCUGCAACCCAGCUAUUGAGGACCUCCUCAUCAGGGUGGUCGUCGAUAUGAUCGAUACGAUACGAUACGAUACGAUAUCGAUAUCGAUGGGCGAUAUCGUCGAUAUCGUCGAUAUGAACGAGCACGGACCACAUGACUCAAAUUACCCUCUCACCACUGUUUCAAGCUAA